AUGGAUUGGGAUCUUGAUAGAAAAGUAUCUGCUAUCACUAUUGAUAAUUGUUCCACCAAUGAUGCGAUGAUUAACAUUUUGUUGGAUAAAUUGGAUAGUAGUCCUCUUCUUUUGGGUGAGACUUUGCUCCAUAUGUGUUGUUGUGCACAUAUUCUCAAUUUGAUUGCCAAAGAUGGAUUGAAUGUGAUAAGAGUAGGUGUAGAGAAAAUUCGGGAUAGUGUAGCUUAUUGGAUAGCAACUCCUAAAAGAGUAGAAAAAUUUGUAGAAACAGCUCGUCAAGUGAAAAAUUUGAAUACUAAAAAGAUGGGACUUGAUUGUGCUACUAGGUGGAAUUCAACAUAUUUGAUGCUUCAAACUGCCUUGUUAUAUAAGGAUGUAUUUUACCGUUUGAAAUAUAAAGAGACCCAAUAUACAACAUUGCCAAGUGAGGAGGAGUGGGAGUUUGCUAGAGAAAUUUGUGGGAGAUUUAAAAUAUUUUAUAAAGCAACUAAAUAUCCCACAACUAAUGUUGCUUUUCUAAAUUUAUGUGAGAUUAGGAUAACUAUCUCCCAAUGGCUCUCUUGUUCAAUUGAGGUUGUUAGAUCAAUGGCAUCAAAAAUGUUGGGAAAGUUUGACAAAUAUUGGGUUAUUAUACAUGGUCUUAUAGGGGUUGCUGUUGUACUUGAUCCUAGGUACAAACUUAAUGUGUUGGAGUUUUAUUUUGAUAAACUUUAUGGAGCUACAGCUGAAGAGAAAAUUACGAAGAUUCGCCAACUUUAUUAUGAUUUGUUGCAAGAGUAUCAAAGAAAACUUAGUUUGGGAACUGAUGCUAAUGUUGAAUCUUCUACAAGUUCAAAUUUUGGGUAUUCAGAGUAUCCAACCUUACAGGCAAUAGCUAGGGAUUUUUUAGCUAUUCCGGUAUCCACCGUUGCUUCUGAGUCUGCAUUUAGCACUAGUGGUAUGUUGGUGAGCCCGUAUCAGAGUAGAUUUCAUCCAGAUACUUUGGAAGCAUUGAUGUGUGCACAGAGUUGGUUAUGGGCUAUAGAGAUGCAAGGAAAUUCAACAUUAGAAUCAGUUGGUUACGCCACUAUAUAUGAUGAUAUGGAUGUGAAUCAGAGUUUAUCUUUCUUUUGCAAUGGGUAUGCCUUUAGUACAUUGAUUUUAUUCUUAUUUGUGAAUUUGUUUCCCUUUGGUAGUGUUGAGGUACAGGCAAAAGCACAAGAGAGUGAACAUUGGAGCAGUGAAGCAUUGGUGCAGACAAAUCUUGACAGGGCUUAUGCAUAG